ACCUCGUCGGCCGAUAGUGCUACCGGGAAUCCCGAGGUUGUCACAAGUUCCCUAGCGCCCAAUUUCAAUGCGGAGUACGGGGAUGACCUUGGGGAAGCGCCCAGACGCGAGUCAUACAGGAUAGGAAACCGCAGCGCUUCGAGUUCCCAUAUUCGUGACUGUGGUUCGGGCCAAGGAAUCCACGCUUCCGAGCCUUCCUAGUGAGUCCGCUCCUCAGAUCUCACUUGUUGAAAGGGGCUUCUUCCUAUUUCUACCCCUCACCUUCGACUCGAGUCAACUUCAGUUCACUGCUCGUACUCGUCACCCGUCACGAUGUCUCCAGUUCUCCAGAAACUCGCAACCUUCCCAUACAAACCCCGCAUCUUCAUCCUAACAGACGUCCUCAACGAACCCGACGACUCACAAUCCCUCGUGCGUUACCUCCUCUACGCCAACGAAUUCGACACGCGCGGAAUCAGCGCCUGCACGUCGACCUGGCUCCGCUUCAGCACGCACCCCGAGGAAGCCAGGCGGAUCAUCACAGCGUACGGGAAAGUCGUUGAGAAUUUGAAUAACCAUGUUCAUCCGGAUUUUCAAUUCCAAUCUGCGGAGGAGCUUCUCAAGCUCGUGACGUCGGGGCCAGCUGUCUACGGCAAGAAGGCUUUCAAAGAACCACUUAGCGAUGGGGCGUCGCGUCUCCUCGCUGCAUUAGCGGAAUCCGAUGAGCCGCUCUACAUCCCCGUCUGGGGCGGGACAAACACGCUCGCCCAAGCGCUCGCGCACCUUGCUGCCACAAGCUCAGAACCCGAAGCCGCAAAACAGCGCGCAAAACUCCGCGUCUACGCAAUCUCAGACCAGGACGAUACGGGUCUCUGGAUCCGGACCAAAUUUCCCGACGUCCACUAUAUCGUCUCAGCGCACGGCUGGAGCCAGUACGACGAGGGGACGUGGACGGGGAUGAACAUCGGGGCGGGUGAGGGGCCGGAUCGGACGAAGGUGCUUAAUCCCUGGCUGGACGAGCAUAUUCGCGUUGGGGAGUUUGGUUCCGUCGCGUAUCCGCCUGUCAAAUUCGGUAUGGAAGGCGAUACGCCGUCGUUCCUGUGGCUCGUGCAGAAUGGGCUGGGGCACCGGGAUCACAUUGAGUGGGGUGGGUGGGGAGGACGGUAUACGCGCCCGCAGUGUGAGUCUGAUCGGGAUGAGAAUGGGCUCUUCGACACGAAUCAUUUCUUCAAUGCCGGGGAUUUCGGAGUCCUGGGUAAUGAUGGAAAGCGCUACAUGGGUAACAAGGCGACGAUUUGGCGGUGGAGGGACGCGAUCCAGGAUGAUUUCGCGGCGCGCAUGCAGUGGACGCUGACGAGUGAUUUCGCUGUGGCUUCUCAUCCGCCUGUCGUGGAUGUCAAUGGGAGUACAGGAGUUGAGCCGCUGGUUAUCAAGGUCAAGCCUGGAGAGAAACAUGUUCUUGACGCCCGCGCGACGUACAAUCCGGAUAGCACGGCCGACGGACCUAUAGGUCUCGACUUUGUCUGGAUGCUCUACGGAGACGUCAACGGAUUCCAUGUCUUUGGCCAUGGACCAAAGGUCCUCAUCGAACCGUCUGAUGGGUCUCCUUCUCCUGCCGCGCAUCCGACGCUCGGUGAAAAUGCCGCUGGGUUUACUGCGUAUACCCGCUCACCAUGCGUUACUGUCACUGUGCCUCCGAUGGAAAGACACUUUCAGACCAGACUUGUCACUCCAGAUUUCCACGUCCUGUUACAGGUUACCAACACCAAAGGAGAGUAUCCGAUUCGGAGAUACAAGCGGGUGAUGUUUUCUUAUAUCCACGACGGGACGCCAGUCCCAUUAGGCAUGGAGCCGGAGGGAUUUUUGUAGCUCGACUUCUGUCAUUGAAUCUUCAUAUAAGUGACAAGUCUGAGUACGCUGAAUUCAUGCUGUGCCAAUCCGCUAUUAUGUAGUGUAGCCAUCUCCAUCCCUCUAACCUACAACUUCGCCAUAGGCGCCGCAUCCAACAUAUCACUCAUCUCCGACCGCGGAAACUCCGGGUUGACCGUCGAGUCCAGCUGCUCGGCCGUCCGGUCCCAGGCCCACUUGUGCUUGAGAUCCGCAUCUAACGUUCCAUCUAGCAUUUGUACAACAUACUUUCCAACCACGGGGAAGAACUUGAAGCCGUGGAACGAGCCGCAUGUGGCGACGUAUAGCCCCUUCGCGCCGGAAUGGGGAGAGAUGAUGAAGUCGCCGGUCGGUGUGAAUGCAUCCCUG